AUGGGUUCCGUGCAUGGAGAAGAGCUGCCCUAUUUAUUCGGGGCACCGCUAGUUGAAGGUCUCGGACACUUUCCAAAGGAUUAUACAAAAUCCGAAGUAGCACUUUCGGAGGCUUUCAUCUUUUACAUCGCGAAUUUCGCUACAAAUGGAUCUCGGCGCUCUAUAAAUCUUUUAGAUAAAAAUAGUGAGGUUUUGAUCAAGGAACUGAUUGCGGAAGAUUCCAGUGGAUCGGAAAUAGAUGACGUCGGAGAUGAUUUUAUCCCAGAAGUUAGCGAUCACGAGACAGAAACUGAUACCGAUUUAUCUGAUACUGAGGCCUCAACCCAGCAACCUCUUAUUCAAAUAGAAAAUAGUCGCAGUUCCUCGUCGGAAGACGAAAACUUACCGCUUUCCAGGCUCAGUUCUUUUAGAGGCAAAAACAGAUAUAAGAAUCCCAACGAAGUUCAGCUUCAAGAAUCUGUACUACCUAUAUCGAGAGAGCGCAAUAAAUUUAAGAGCAUACUUUGGGAUGAAUAUAAUAUUUUGCAUCAAAAAUAUUUAGAAAUAGGUAUGAAACCAGUCAUGAAAAACCACUACCGUACUCAUCAGCUUUCAGUAUGGCUACGGCUUAUACCUGAAAUUCAUAGGGCUGAGAUGAGGGACGUCGUAGCAAAAUACAACUUCUUUCGUAACCAUAACGACCCGGAAUUGUACGAUGGAUUAGUGCGACCAGAUCCUUUGAUGCGUCCCAGCUACUACGAUCCAACACUCGAACUUUAUCGCAAACCUUACAACGUAACCCUUGAUAUUCCAUCAACAAUAAUGGAAACUUAUGUUACGACUUGCAUAAGUGUUAUGUCUGCAAGACCGGGUUCUGCAGUCACACAAAAUCAAGCUCCAAAUAAUUCUCAAGAUGCGUCGAAUUUAGAAGCAGCAGGAUAUACCGCUUACUCUACUGCUUUAAGUAUUACCAUCGCAAUUGGGUGUUCUUUGUUAAUAUUAAAUGUCUUAAUUAUUGCUGGAGUUUAUUAUUAA